AUGGCCGAUCGACAUUCAUCAGCGUCGUCGUCCCGGCGGACGCGGACUGGCGAUGGCGCCAUCGGCCAGUUCAUUAUCGGCUCCGAGAUUGGUAAAGGCAGCUUUGCGCAGGUCUAUAUGGGAAAGCAUCAGGUCCGAAACCCCGUUCCUCGUCGUCCUACCCUCUGGAGCACAGUCGCUGCUACUUCUGGCGCUGCUGUCGCUAUCAAAUCUGUUGAACUCGGCCGGUUGAACAAAAAGCUGAAGGAGAAUCUCUAUAGUGAGAUCAACAUUCUCAAGAAGCUCCGCCAUCCCCAUAUAGUCGCCCUUCAUGACUGCCUUGAAUCGUCGACUCACAUCAACCUCAUCAUGGAGUAUUGCGAGCUGGGUGAUCUCUCCCUGUUCAUAAAAAAGAGGGAGAAGUUAGUCACGCAUCCCGCCACUUGCGAUAUGGCCCGAAAGUACCCCAGCGUGCCAAAUGCUGGCCUCAACGAGGUCGUCAUUCGGCAUUUUCUCAAGCAGCUUGCUUCUGCAUUACGUUUCCUCCGGGAGGGAAACUUCGUACAUCGCGACGUCAAACCACAGAAUCUACUGCUCCUUCCAUCGGUGCAGUACAGGGAGAGCAAUAAGGACGCGCGACCUGUGCUCAGUGCCAGCCAAGAUUCGUUGAUCCCGGCGGUUGGCCUGGAGUCCUUGCCGAUGUUGAAGCUGGCAGAUUUCGGCUUUGCCCGCGUUCUUCCCUCGACAUCUCUAGCCGAAACCCUUUGUGGUUCGCCGCUAUACAUGGCACCCGAGAUUCUACGUUACGAGCGGUACGAUGCCAAGGCCGAUCUGUGGUCUGUGGGCACGGUCUUAUACGAGAUGGUUUCCGGCAAGCCACCUUUCAGGGCAAGUAAUCAUGUUGAACUGCUGAGAAAGAUCGAAAAUGCCGAGGAUCAGAUCAAAUUUUCGAGAGAUUGCCAGGUCAGUUCAGAUCUUAAGGGGUUGAUUCGUGGCCUAUUGAAGCGGCAGCCGGUGGAGCGGAUGAGCUUCGAGAACUUUUUCAACCAUACCGUUGUCACGGAACAGAUACCUGGCCUGGUUGAGGAUGAUGUCCCCAAAGUGCAGAGGACAUUGUCCAAGACUGAGAGCCGAAACGUCAACAAGAGCGAUGAACCGCGUCCGGCACGGCGCCUGUCUUUCCGUCGUCGCGAUUACAUGACUGAUCAAGGUCCCGAGCCUGGCCCUUCACCCCCACGCGAAAAGCCGUUAAGGUCUUCGCCCUUGGCCAGCCCCGCUGAGUUUCCUGGUGACGAACCCGCGAAGCCUGUAUCACGCGUGUCUCGCUCACCACGGGAUGACAUUGCCCCUGGUCUCGGCAUCCGACGGCCGCAGCCAGUACCUUCAACAUCAGCCCCAACAGGGCCCGCGCUUCUAGGAGAAAGACGCCGACGUGGACUCUCCAACGUAUCUUUGACCAACCAUCCACGUGAGGGGGCAACCCCGUCAUCUUCAGCACCCAAGGAGUAUGCUACUAAAGGCAAAGGCCGGGGUGGUGCACUAGACGAGGGGGAGGAAGUCGCUCAAGAUAUCGCUUUUAUGAGAGACUAUGUGGUAGUUGAGAAGAGGCAUGUCGAGGUCAACGCUUUUGCCGACCAGUUGGCAGCUCAGGGCGCGCAGGCUCAAGCUAUGUCACCCAAAGCUGGUCAAAUCGUUCGUAGGGCAACACAACAAGGUGUACCUACGUCCACGACAGGCGCCAUUCCGGCGGAGCGAUCCAAAGCCCUACAAAUUGCCCAGGGCGUCCGUCCGGACCCUUACAGACGAGGCUCAUACGACAAGAACCUUUCCGGUAGUCCAAAGUCGACAACUUCAGUCAUCUCCAAAGCCAUUCAAGAUGCGAGUCUGAGACUGUUUGGCUUCAAGUACCCAGCUCACCUUCUUGGCAAAGGCGCCUCUCCGCCGCAUUUGUAUAACCCCUUCCCGGUUUACCCGACGCCGAACGCUAACCCGGGACUGCUUACUGAUGGCCGCCAAAGCGGAGUUAUCGACGAGGACGCACGAGUAGCGCAAUGUAUCGAGGACUUUGCCACUCGCAGUGAUGUUGUAUGGGGCUUUGCGGAAGUAAAGUAUAAGCAGCUAGUUCCCAUGGCUCCAUCACAAGAUCAUCUCCUCGGCGGCGCACCAGCAGACCAGCUUACUUCGGAUGAUGACGACGGUCUCACCGUGGAGGCUGUGGUGGUACUCUCCGAGGAAGCAUUGGUACUUUAUGUGAAGGCGUUGUCCCUGCUUGCCAAGUCAAUGGACAUUGCCAGCAUCUGGUGGGGACGAAAGGCUAGGGGCGACCCCAUGACUGCCCGUGACCAUAUUGCUACGCAGAAUAUCGUCUCACGAAUCAACUCAGCGGUUCAGUGGGUGCGCAGACGCUUCAACGAGACUCUAGAGAAGGCUGAAAUCGUGAGGUUGAAGUUAGUCGAGGCACAGAAGCAGCUACCAGAGGACCACCCAAGCCAUCCUAACAACAACCAGCAAGAAAAAGCGGCAACGAGCACGUCGAGUGCAGAAGGCAUAGUCCUUACUGCCGGCCUCAGCGCUGAAAAGCUAAUGUAUGAGCGAGCACUGGAGAUGAGUCGCGCCGCGGCGAUCAACGAGAUCGCGAACGAAGAUCUUAAUGGUUGCGAACUCUCAUAUAUUACUGCUAUUCGCAUGCUUGAGGCUGUACUGGACAACGAUGAAGAUUUGUCCAAACGGAAGAUCACCAGCAACACCAAAGAACAGCGUGACCUCAUUCGUGAAGGGGCGUCGGAAAUGAAUCAGGACGACCAACAGGCUGUUCAUAAGAUGAUACAAAUGAUUACCACUAGAUUGACGAGCCUUCGCAAGAAGAUGCAGAUGAUUGCCAAUGCGUCUCAGGUUCAACAGCACAGCCUGCCUCGGAAACGAAGCGGUGACAUCACGUCGCGAAGUGCUCCCAAGCACACAUGA